GUGGCUGAACCUUCGGAUGCAGAACCCUCUUCAGGAAGCAUAUAAUGGCUUCUUCACAUUGAGUGAAUUUCACUCUCUCCUUCCUCUUCUUUGCUCUUUUGCUCUUGCUCUUCUCAAACAGCAACUCAAAUUAAUACACUUCUUCUAGGGUUAAUUUGUUCAAACCCUUAAACCGCAUCUCUCUCUUUUUCACAAGUUUUGGUUAAAUCUUAUAGCAGCCACAACAAGGGUGAACAAAAGAUUAGCUAGGCUUAAUUUGCUGGUAGAAUAGAAUAGUUUUAAGACAUGGAAGAGAGAAAUGAUAACGGUGAGAAACUGGAUGAGGUUGUGCUACCGGGUUUCAGGUUCCAUCCAACAGACGAGGAGCUUGUUGGAUUUUACCUAAAGAGAAAGAUUCAGCAGAGGCCACUUUCCAUUGAGCUCAUCAAGCAGCUUGAUAUCUAUAAGUAUGAUCCUUGGGAUCUUCCAAAGUUGGCGACCACUGGGGAGAAAGAGUGGUAUUUCUACUGCCCCAGAGACAGAAAGUACAGGAACAGUGCAAGGCCUAAUAGGGUAACUGGAGCUGGGUUCUGGAAGGCUACAGGGACGGAUCGCCCUAUAUAUUCCUCUGAGGGUUCCAAGUGUAUUGGUCUGAAGAAAUCCCUAGUGUUCUACAAAGGUAGAGCUGCCAAAGGGAUUAAAACUGAUUGGAUGAUGCAUGAGUUUAGACUACCUUCUCUCACUAACCCUUCUUCAUCCCCUAAGAAGUUCAUGGACAAGACCAUUCCUGCUAACGAAUCCUGGGCAAUCUGCAGAAUCUUCAAGAAAACUAAUGCUACAGCACAAAGAGCUCUCUCUCACUCUUGGGUCUCACCCGUACCUGAAACCACCACAUCAGAUCAUAUGUUUUCCACUGAUAGAUAUGGCAACCAAUUUUCUUCACCAAACAUGCCAUUGCCAAAGAAAACUAGCUUAACCAGCCAGUUUUGUACUUUUAAUCACAGUGACACACAACAACACUCAACCACCACUAGUAGCAGCACCCCUUGUCCUAUAGAUAUUCUAGCUUCUUAUAACAAACCAAUUAUUAAUCCAUUAAUGCUUUACAAGCCCUUAGAUCUGUUACCCAUUUCAAAUGGAGACCUUAGCACUGGCUUAAUAUUCUCAUCUCCUGUUGAAACUUCAACAAACUGUGCUAAAUCUUCGAUGGAUGUUUCUUCAUUGCUAAUGAGUACCUCAACUUCUGAGGGAAUGUGCACAAACUUUGGUGGGUUACAUGAGCAUAGUAACGGCUACCAAAUACCACUACUACGUGAGAUGCAAGGGAGCUUUGGCAACCACGAUGACAAUGUGUUGGUAAAGAUUCCUAACGUGAAUGUGCCUCGUGUUGCUGACCAACAAUCGGAGACAGUGCGAUCCAUUGGGUUUCCAUUCAGUAUUGGCGAUGCAUGGAAGUCAAAUGCGCUUUGGGAUACUUCAUCUUUGUCCUUGUGAUACACCUCCUAGUUAUUCUGCAACCGAGGACUAUACGUGGUUUAAUUUACAUAAAUUAGAAGCCAUUUCUAACCAGCAGGGAUUAGCUAUAGUGUAUGAAUUGGAUUUCUAUUUAGUUUUCAUGCAUGUAGUGUAGAUUUUUUGUUAGGCUUCGAACCUUUUUAAUUUGUAACGGACAAGAUAUGUGAACUCUAAUGUUUGUAGAAAGAAUUUUGGAAGUAAUUUGGAAGUUUCAAAAC